AGGGUGAAUAAUUGAAAAUCGAUAUAUUUAAGCAAAACCAAAAAGUAAUUAAGUGUUCUUAUUCCAAUCGAAGGAAAAUUCACGUUAUCAUACUGAUUGUGAUUCAUAUUUGUAAUUCAUUCAAUUCUCAAUAGCCCAUUCAAUCCUCAGAUAAGAAAUAUAUUUCUGCUUGUUAUCUCUUUUAUCAAAUGUUUUCAUGCUAACCAUAUUGAAUUUACCGCUUAUUAUCAAACAGUUCAUUAUCGUUCUUGAAAUAAACGGGACAUAUUUUUGUUUGUGAAAUGGUGCUGUCUAUGGAAAGAUGGAAUGGAAAAGUUGCAGUAGUAACUGGAGCUAGUGCUGGUAUCGGUGCAGCAAUAGCUGAGCAACUUGUGGAUCAUGGAUUGAAGGUGGUGGGCUUAGCAAGAAGAUUAGACCGUUUGAAAGAACUCGAGGAAAAGUUCAGUGGUAAAAAAGGAUCAUUCCAUGGUUUGAAGGCAGAUAUCAGUAACACAGAUGAAAUAGUUUCUACAUUCAAAACCAUAGAAGAAAAAUAUGGACCCAUUCACAUUCUUGUCAAUAAUGCUGGCAUUGUGCAGAAAACUACCAUAAUGGAUGGUGACGUAGAAAAGUGGAAAAAAGUAUUCGAUGUGAAUGUGAUUGGACUUUGCUGCGCAACUAAAGAAGCUAUAGGUAGUAUGAGAAGGCAUAAUGUUGAUGGUCAUAUAGUUCAUAUGAAUAGUGUAGCUGGACAUAGAAUACCCCCAAGCACUAUAACCAAUGUUUAUCCUGCUAGUAAACAUGCUGUUACUGCUUUAACAGAAUCGCUGAGGCACGAAUUUUCUGAAGUUGGAAGCAGAAUCAAAAUAACAAGUAUCAGCCCUGGUCUCACUGAAACAGAAAUAUUUGAGGUAUCUGGAUUAGCAACUUCAUUUACUGAUGAUCUCCCCAUCUUGAAAACAGAAGAUAUCGCUGAUGCAACAAUUUAUGCUCUUUCUACCCCUCCUCAUGUUCAGGUACAUGAAGUCACACUCAAACCAGUUGGUGCAGGUCCAUGAAGAAUUUGACAAGAGAUCUACAAUCUUCAUCAUCCAAAUGUGAUUCUUUUUUCAUAAUAAUAAUAUUAUACACAAUUCUUAUCCAGAGGAAAAUUUAUCUGCAGAGUUGAAUUGUGGGUUUCUUUUUGAAAUAGGUGUGUGGAUUAUCAUUCAAUAAAUUUUAAUCUCCCA